AGCUCCUCCUCCCACCCCAGGCCGAUGCAAGAUGGCUGCGGCGUGUAGGAGCGUGAAGGGCCUGGUCGCAAUAAUAACUGGAGGAGCUUCAGGUCUGGGCCUGGCUACUGCGGAGCGACUGGUGGGGCAGGGGGCCACUGCUGUUCUUCUGGAUCUGCCCAACUCGGAUGGGGAGGCCCAGGCCAAGAAGUUAGGAAAGAAAUGCAUCUUUGCCGCGGCCGACGUGACCUCUGAGAAGGAAAUACAAGCAGCCCUGACUCUAGCAAAAGAAAAGUUUGGCCGUGUGGAUGUGGCUGUCAACUGUGCAGGCAUUGCAGUAGCCAUGAAGACAUACAACUUAAAGAAGAACCAGGCCCAUACUUUGGAGGACUUCCAGCGAGUUCUCAAUGUCAAUCUCAUAGGUACCUUCAAUGUGAUCCGCCUGGUGGCUGGAGAGAUGGGCCAGAAUGAACCAGACCAGGGAGGCCAACGUGGGGUCAUCAUCAACACUGCCAGUGUAGCUGCCUUUGAAGGCCAGGUUGGACAAGCUGCGUACUCUGCUUCCAAGGGGGGUAUAGUGGGCAUGACACUGCCCAUUGCUCGAGAUCUAGCUUCCAUAGGCAUCCGGGUAGUGACCAUUGCUCCAGGCCUAUUUGGCACCCCACUGCUGACCAGCCUCCCAGAGAAGGUGCGCAACUUCUUGGCAAGCCAGGUGCCCUUCCCGAGCCGACUGGGCGACCCUGCUGAGUAUGCUCAUUUGGUACAAGCCAUCGUCGAGAACCCGUUCCUCAAUGGAGAGGUCAUCCGGCUGGAUGGGGCGCUCCGCAUGCAGCCUUGAAGGGAGAAGGCAGAGAAAGCACAUGCUCCUCUGCCCCUCCUCCCCUUGAGGUACCGCUUCAGCCUGGAGGAAGCCCAAUAGCCACUUUGUAACUGCCUACUAGUCACCCUCUGUGCCUAAUAAAAUCUUAAUAAAAUCUAAAUAAUUUUAGGCUUACUAGAGUCUAAAUAAUAUUCUUUACUAAAUAAAGUCUAAAUAAUUUUCA